AUGAGUGUCUACUCGGUCUAUGUGAUUAGCGAAUCUGGUUCUCUUCAGAUGUACUACGAUCGAACGCUACCUACUGUAGAACUGGAACGAACGUUCUCUUUCCCAUUAUCAUUUGUUUUCGAGAAUGUGGAUGGCCGACUUGCUGUUGUAUUUGGUGCAACCAAUGAAAUUAAACUAGGUUACUGUGUCCUCGCUGUUAAUGGAGUCAACGCAAACGGCACUAUACUAGAAGAUGGUCGAGACAUCCUAGAAUUAUUUGGUAAUCCAUCUAAUUUUCCAAUCACUAUUCGUCUCGGCACACCUCGGAUGCGGCUCAAUGACCGGAUUACAGUGGCUAGUAUGUUCCAGGCUAUUCAUCACAUGGCUCGUGUUCUGACUCCUUCCCCAGUCAAUGUGGAUGCGAUGAAUUCCAAGUCGAGUAUUGUUACUGAGCCGUCCGGUAUCCAGACUAUUGAAACUCCGGAAGCCCGCAUACACUGCUACGAAUCCAUCACUGGUACAAAAUUUCUUCUCAUCACUGAUGCUCGCAUUCCCAGUGCAGCUCGUGGCGCGUUGAAACUGGUGUAUGAGGCCUACACUGACUACGUACUAAAGAAUCCAUUCUACUCACCGAAUCAGCCUUUCAACUUUGAAUUCUUUAACGUCCGAUUGCGUAAGAUUUGUGACCAGGUGGAGAAAGGCAUUUAUAAUGCCGCGUGA